AUGAAUUAUAUUUUUGUAUUAUUGCCGUUAUUUUUUAUAUCAAUAACAUCAUUAGAUACAAUUGAAAAUGGAAUUGAAGGUUCACCUAUUGUUCAUUGUAGUAGUGAUAGUUUUCUAAUUGAAUUCAAAACACAAAAAGAAUUUGAAGGGCAUGUUUAUGUUAAAGGCCAUUAUCAAGAUAAAAAUUGCAAAACAAAUGCAACGCUAAUGAAAAAUACAAAUUUAACAGUUAGUUUUGAUAAGUGUAAUGUUAGAAGACAACGUUCGGUAAAUCCUAAAGGUAUUUUAAUAUCUGCAACAACAAUAAUUUCAUUUCAUCCUAUGUUUGUUACAAAGACAGACAGAGCAUUUAAUGUACAAUGUUUUUAUACUGAAAGUGAUCAAAAUGUUUCAACAAAAUUUGACGUUAAUAUGGCAAAUGAUCAACAAAAAAAAAUACUUGUUCUGGUUGGAGGUGAUGAUAAUCAAUUGAAUAAGACAAAUAUUUUAAAAAGUGAAAACAAAUUUUUAGGUGAUGAUAAUCAAGAGGUAUCUAUUGAAGAUUUAACUACUGAACUUAUAACAAAAAAUAUGCCAUUACCGGUAUGUGAAUAUAAAGUCUUGGAGAAUGACGCAAAUGGUGAAUCAAUUAAAUUUACCUCAGUUGGACAAAAAGUGUAUCAUGAAUGGUCAUGUAAAUCAGAUACCAUUAAUAUAUAUUGUGCCACAAUUCAUAGUUGUACCGUUAAAGAUGACUCAGGUAAAGAGGUUCUUUUACUUGAUGAAAAUGGUUGUGCAAUUGAUAAAUAUUUACUUAAUAAUCUUGAAUAUAAAAAUGAUUUAACAGGUGGGCAGUUAUCUCAUGUAUUUAAAUUUGCAGAUCAACCAUCUGUAUUUUUUCAAUGUCAAAUACGUUUAACUCUUAAAGAAAAUAAUACAUGUAUUAGAACAAGUGAUAACUGUUCAAAUCCAGCUAGAGGAAAAAGAUCAAUGGAUAAUAAGAUACAUAAUUAUGAAGUAAAUAUCGGAAGUAAUAUUGAUGUUAUAUCACAAUCAAUGACUGUAUUAGAUAUUGAUAAUGUGCCAAAAGAUGAUCUAAAAAGAGAAAUAAGCAAAUAUACAGGUCAAUAUAAUCAUAAAAAUGAUUUUUGUAUUUCAAUGUCAUUUGCAAUUACAAUUCUUUCUUUGUUAGCUACAUUAUUUGUAGUUAUAAUAAUAUUUACGACGACAAUUUACAGAAGACAAAAAGUAUCAAAAUAUUAA